CUCUCCAUUUCUUCUUGCAGGUAGAUGAGUGUCACCUGCCUUGCCCUCUGGGUGCCUAGCCUGCAGCCUGCCCUUCGACCAUAGCUCUGCCCGACCGACCGACCCCCUUACCUUCCAGGUCACCUGCAGCCUAUAACCAGACACUGUCUGCUCCCAGCAGGCACCCUCAGGCCAGCUUUGCUCAUUUUAACUUCCGAUUUCUCCAGAGCCUGGGCAGAGUGGACCCCUGUCCAAGCUAGUGACCUUCGCCUGAGCCCUGGUUAAUAUUUGUCCAAUCUAAAGGCAGUGGGGCUCCGCCCCCUGGGAGAUAUAAACUGGCCCAGGGUUGUUCUGCUUCCCUCUUGGUCUGAGCCACUCGAGCUCCCUGCCCCACCGGCAUCAUGGCCAAGGGUUUCUACAUUUCCAAGACCCUGGGCAUAUUGGGCAUCCUGCUGGGUGUGGCCGCCGUGUGCACCAUCAUUGCCUUAUCGGUUGUCUAUGCCCAGGAGAAGAACAGGAAUGCUGAGGACUCGCUCCCUGGCAGCAUCUCGCCCACCACCUCGCUCACCACCCCUGCCAUAGAUGAAAGCAAACCUUGGAACCAGUACCGCUUGCCUAAGACUCUCAUACCUGACUCCUACCGGGUGACCCUGAGGCCAUACCUCACCCCCGACGCUCAGGGCCUGUACAUCUUCAAAGGUUCCAGCACUGUUCGCUUUACCUGCAACCAGACCACGGAUGUCAUCAUCAUCCACAGCAAAAAGCUCAACUACACCCUCAAGGAGAACCACAGGGUGGUGUUGCGUGCCUUGGGUGACCCCCGGGCACCUGCCAUUGACAGAACUGAGCUGGUAGAGCGCACUGAGUAUCUGGUGGUGCACCUGCGGGCACCCCUGGUAAAAGGUAAUCAGUACGAGAUGGACAGCGAGUUCCAGGGGGAGCUGGCUGACGACCUAGCUGGCUUCUACCGCAGUGAGUACAUGGACGGUGGCAACAAAAAGGUGGUGGCCACAACGCAGAUGCAGGCUGCUGAUGCCCGGAAAUCCUUUCCGUGCUUUGACGAGCCCGCCAUGAAAGCCAUGUUCAACAUCACACUCAUCUACCCCAAGAACUAUAUAGCUCUGUCGAACAUGCUUCCCAAAGGUGAGCCUGGCUGGCCUGGGUUUCCCUUUCCGGAAGACACUUCCUGGACCAUCACUGAGUUCCAACCCACUCCCAAGAUGUCCACAUACCUGCUGGCCUACAUUGUGAGCGAGUUCAAAAGUGUGGAAUCCGUCUCAAGCAAUAAUGUCCAGAUUCGAAUCUGGGCUCGGCCCAGUGCCAUUGACCAGGGCCAUGGUGCUUACGCGCUGAGUGUGACAGGCCCCAUCCUAAGCUUCUUUACCCAACAUUAUAAUACGUCCUACCCUCUAGCAAAGUCCGACCAGAUUGGCCUGCCUGACUUCAACGCUGGAGCCAUGGAGAACUGGGGGCUGGUGACCUACCGUGAGAGCUCUCUGGUCUUUGACCCUCAGUCUUCCUCCAUUGACAACAAGGAGCGGGUGGUCACCGUGAUCGCUCAUGAGCUGGCCCAUCAGUGGUUCGGUAACCUGGUGACAUUGGACUGGUGGAAUGACCUGUGGCUAAAUGAAGGCUUUGCCUCCUAUGUGGAAUAUCUGGGUGCCGACAAUGCAGAGCCCAGCUGGAAUCUGAAAGACCUCAUAGUGCAGAACGAAGUAUACCGUGUGAUGGCUGUGGAUGCGCUCGCUUCCUCCCACCCGUUGUCCAGCCCUGCUGACGAGAUCAAAACACCGGCCCAGAUCAUGGAGCUGUUUGACAGUAUCGCCUACAGCAAGGGAGCCUCAGUCAUUAGGAUGCUGUCCAGCUUCCUGACAGAGGAACUGUUUAAGAAGGGCCUUUCGUCUUAUCUCCACACCUUCCAGUACUCGAACACCAUUUAUCUGGACCUGUGGGAUCACCUGCAGAAGGUGGUGGACUCUCAGAGUGCUGUCAGUCUCCCAGCCCCAGUACGCACCAUCAUGGACCGCUGGAUUCUACAGAUGGGCUUUCCAGUCAUCACAGUGAACACUGUAACAGGAGAAAUCACCCAGGAGCACUUUCUCCUUGACCCGGAGUCCAGCGUCACCCGCCCCUCAGAGUUUAAUUAUGUCUGGAUCGUGCCGAUCUCAUUUCUGAAGCAUGGAUUGCAACCGCAGGAGGACCACUACUGGCUGGUGAACCAGAAAGGGCAGAAUGACAGGUUCAAGACAUCUGCAAACGAGUGGGUCCUGCUGAACCUUGGUGUAACUGGCUACUAUCAAGUGAACUAUGAUGAGGGCAACUGGAGGAAGAUUCAGAACCAGCUGCAAGCAAACCUUAGUGUUAUCCCUGUCCUCAACCGCGCACAGAUUAUCCAUGACUCCUUCAACCUGGCCAGUGCUAAAAAGAUACCCAUCACUCUGGCGCUGAACAACACCCUCUUCCUGGUCAAGGAAGAGGCAUACUUGCCCUGGGAGGCUGCCCUGAGCAGCCUGAACUACUUCAAGCUCAUGUUCGACCGCUCUGAAGUCUAUGGCCCCAUGAAGAGGUACCUGAGGAAGCAAGUCUUGCCCCUCUUCAAUCACUUCAAAACUUUAACCAACAACUGGGCCAAUCGCCCACCAACACUGAUGGAACAGUACAAUGAAAUUAAUGCCAUCAGCACGGCCUGUUCCAGUGGUCUCCAAGAGUGUAGGGACCUGGUUUCUGCGUUUUAUCGUCACUGGAUGAACAACCCUGAUAAUAACACGAUCCACCCCAACCUCCGGUCUACUGUCUACUGCAACGCCAUUGCUUACGGCGGCGAGGAAGAGUGGCAGUUUGCCUGGGAACAGUUCCAGAAAGCCACUUUGGUAAACGAGGCAGACAAACUCAGAUCAGCCUUGGCCUGUAGCAAAGAGGUGUGGAUUCUAAACAGGUACUUGAGUUACACUCUGAAUCCUGACUAUAUCCGGAAGCAGGACGCCACCUCCACCAUCAUCAGCAUUGCCAGCAACGAGCUUGGACAACCUCUGGUUUGGGACUUUGUGCGAAGCAACUUCAAGAAACUCUUUGAGGAUUACGGUGGAGGAUCUUUCUCCUUUUCCAGACUCAUCCAGGGAGUGACCAGGCGCUUCUCCUCGGAGUUCGAGCUGCAGCAGUUGGAGCAGUUCAAGGCGGAGAACAGUGCAACAGGCUUUGGCUCGGCCACUCGGGCUCUGGAGCAAGCUCUGGAGACGACGAAAGCCAACAUCAAGUGGGUGAAAGAGAACAAAGAUGUGGUUCUCCAGUGGUUUGAAGAAAACAGCCAGUAAUCCCUGCUCCUGUGAGCCACCGGGCCCCGUGGGACACCUACGGCCAUCUCAGCAGCCUAUGAGGGUCUCUGUCCUCAGAGCUCCAGACACCAACAUCCUACCCUCAAGGAUGAAGUCUCCAGCCUAUGGGGCCUGCCUAGCUCCUAAUGUCAGGCUACCAGGAGCCACCUAGACCUUGCCUCUCAUGCCAACUCUGCCCCAGGUUCAGGCCUCUGGGGCUGAUCUCAGGGAAGCCCAGCUCUGAGGCCAGUUUAACUGGACAAAGGGCAACCUGAAUAGAGUCUCCCUGCACACUUUACUAUG